AUCUCUAUCAAUCGCUCCACCACCUCCUUUUUCAGAAAGCAAAGUGGGGAAAGGAUGGCGGGAAACCCUAUCCACUUCGGAAUAAUAGGAUGCGCCGAGGUAUCGAGGAAGUUGUCGAGGGCAAUGUCCCUCGCUCCCAACGCCAUCCUCUCCGCCAUCGGGAGCCGUUCGAUCGACAAGGCCAAGAGAUUUGCGGUCGAGAACGGCCUGCCGGAGGCCGUCAAUCUGUACGGCACCUACCAGGGAGUCCUCGAUGACCCCACCGUCGAGGCCGUCUACGUGCCGCUCCCCACCAGCAUGCACGUGCAGUGGGCCGUGGCGGUAGCAGAGAGGAAGAAACACGUGUUCCUAGAGAAGCCCACGGCCCUGAACGUGGCCGAUCUGGACCGUAUAUUGGAAGCGUGCGAGUCGAACGGCGUGCAGUUCAUGGACUGCACCAUGUGGGUCCACCAUCCCAGGACCCACAAAAUGAAGGAGUUGCUGUCUGACCCCAACCGCUUCGGGGAGCUUCGAUCGGUUCACAGCAUUUUCGCAUCCUGCGGCGAUGCACAUUUUCUCGAGAACGAUGUUCGUGUGAAGCCUGAUCUUGAUGGUCUUGGGGGGCUUGGUGACACAGGAUGGUAUUGUGUCCGUUCAAUCUUGUGGGCCAACGAUUACCAGCUGCCCAAGACUGUAACUGCAUUCCAAGGUACGUACUACAACAAAGCUGGUGUAAUUCUAUCUUGCGGCGCGUCGAUGGUGUGGGAAGAUGGAAGGGUAGCCUCAUUCCAAUGCGGUUUUCGGAUCAAUAUUGUGAUGGAUGUAACUGUCCAUGGAUCGAACGGGACCCUUCAUCUUCAUGAUUUUGUCAUCCCUUUCGAGGAGACAUCGGCGCCGUUCACAUUCGUGACGAACACCGAAUUCAAGGACAGACAAUUAGGAUGGAAGCCAUUCCCUAGAGAACAUGUUGUGACCACCAAUUUACCUCAAGAGGUCCUUAUGGUUGAGGAAUUCGUCAGGUUGGUGAAAUCCAUCAAAGACUCAGGCUCAAAGCCAGAUAGCAAAUGGCCCACCAUUAGUAGAAAGACUCAGCUGGUAAUAGAUGCCGUGAAGGAAUCGAUCGAUAAGGGCUGCGAGCCGAUCAAUGUUGUGAAUUAAUCUAAGGCCAGCUAAUUACUUACUCUUGAUGGUGAAUAGUGCUACUGCUACUGCUGGUGUUGCUUGUUGUUAUGUCAGGUGUGUGCAUUUUUACUGGCACGUUGGACCAUUAAAUAAUCAGUAUCUUGUUUUAAGCUUGUUCAAUAAACAUUGGACCAGGCCUUGUGUUUGUGUUGAA